AUGGCAAUGCAAAACGAGCCUGCGGACCCUCUCGCAAAGGGCAUCCUCCCGACUGCAAAGCAAUCGUGGAGCGAUCUGUUCAAGUGGAAACAGAGAGUGGUUGUAAUCAACGACCUCGGCGAGACUCACACAGAGUGGCAGUCGCCGCCUCCCUGGAGGAACCCCAUCUCCCUGUUCAUGUUACUGAGCGCGCGGGACUGGCUGUACUUCCUGGUUGGUCUUUUCGCUUGGACGGCCGAUGCUUUCGACUUCCAUGCCCUAUCAAUCCAGCAGUAUAAACUAUCCAAGUACUACAGCCGCACCAAGACGGAGAUCAGCACCGCCAUCACCUUGACUCUCCUGCUUCGGUCCGUCGGGGCGGCUGUAUUUGGACUACUAGGAGAUCGGUUUGGUAGGAAAUGGCCCAUGGUUGGAAAUAUGGUCAUCCUCGGCUUGCUGCAGAUUGCCACCAUUUACAGCGUCACCUUCGAGCAGUUCCUUGCGGUCCGGUCCCUUUUUGGUCUAUUCAUGGGUGGCGUCUACGGCAACGCUGUUGCCAUGGCGCUGGAGAACUGCCCGCUGGACGCGCGAGGCUUGAUGAGCGGCAUCAUGCAGCAGGGGUACUCCCUGGGCUACGUGUUGGCCGCCUGCGCCAACCUUGGAGUCGGUGGUGCAACCGAAACCUGGAAGACAGUCUUCUGGAUUGCUGCAGGGCUUUCCAUCGCUGCCGGUCUCGCCCGAUGCCUGUUCCCCGAAUCCAAACAGUUCAGAGAGGCGAAGAAGUCAGGGCACCACAUCACGGCCACGGAUUUCUGGAAGGAAACCAAGUCCAUGCUCGGAACUGAGUGGCGCAUGUGCAUCUACUGUAUCAUCCUGAUGACCUGGUUCAACUUCUACUCCCACACUAGUCAGGACAGCUACACGACUUUCAUGAUUGAACAAAAGGAGCUAAACAACGACGCUGCCAGCCGUGCCAGUAUCUGGAUGAAGGUUGGAGCUUGCGUAGGCGGCACCAUCAUUGGCUAUCUUUCGCAAUUCGUAGGCAGGCGCCGUGCCAUCGUUGUCUCUGCACUCAUGAGUUGCUUUCUGAUCCCGGCCUGGAUCCUGCCAGAGGGAGAGGCAUCGUUGUCUGCCUCUGGGUUCUUCAUGCAGUUCUUCGUACAGGGAGCAUGGGGUGUCAUCCCUAUCCACCUGAACGAGCUGUCCCCUCCUGCCUAUCGUUCCAGCUUCCCUGGUAUCACCUAUCAGCUGGGUAACAUGAUCUCGAGUCCUUCGGCGCAGAUUGUCAACGCCAUUGCGGAAUCCCACUUCGUGCGUAACAAGAGCGGGAAGUUGGCCCAGGCAUAUGGACCGACCAUGGGCAUUGCAACAGUCAUAAUUGCGCUUGGCAUCGCGGUGACCGCGGCCUUCGGUCCUGAGAAGCGUGGUAGACACUUUGAGAACGCUGGGCCUGCCGGCGCGAACGUCGGGCAUCAAGGUGACCUUGAGAAGGCUGUGGAUGUCGUCUCUUUGGCGGAGGAUCCCAAGGUUGAAGCUACCCACGAGGUCGAACAUGUUGGUACAAGAAACGAGCCGCAGGAACCCAAGAAGGAGACUCCGGCUUGA